AUGUAUGCUAUUCUAAUCAAGCAUUACAAUGCCAAAAUUGAAAAAUACAAAUUUAAUUUAUUACCCAAAUUAAAAUGUCCAGUGACGCGAUUGAAGUGCAAGCAACAAAGGUUGUCAAACGAGAAGCUGAUCAAGCAAGUGGAAGCCAUGACCAGAUCAAUGUGGAGGACGAAGCAAGUGGAAGCCAUGACCAACCCAUUGAGGAGAACCAGAAGCUGAGCAUCGUAAUCCAUGGAAAACCAACUACCAGCAAGAUUUUGCAGGAGAGGUUGGACUCCCUGAACGAGGCAGCUCAAAAACCUGAAAAGUCGCGGAUACAGAAGGUUCCAUUCAUGCUGAGGGAGGACGAGGAAUUCAAGAAGCACUAUGAACCAAGGGUGGUUGCCAUCGGUCCUAUCCACCAUGGCUGUCCCAAUUUUGACUAUGCUGAGACGAUAAAGCAUAGACUAGCAGGACAUUUCAUGGAAGAACAGGGGAUAGAUGCAAAAGAUCUCUACAAGAAGAUUAUGGAGAAAUUGGAUAAAUUGAAAUUGUGCUAUGUGGAAGACGUGAUAAAGUGCUACAGUGAUGAUGAACUCGCCUGGAUGUUUCUUGUGGAUGGAUGUGCAAUGUUGAAUUUCAUCCAUCGUGUUGUGAAGGAUGACGAGAAGGUGAAGAAAUUGAAUAUCAAGAAAGACCAGGUGGCUUUUGCUCAACAGGAUCUGUUCUUGCUUGAGAAUCAACUUCCCUUCGAACUCCUCGAGCUAUUGAGGAACUCGGUCGUCCAGAAUGCAGAGAAGGAAGAAAUCGGAAAAUCAAUUAACAAAUUCAUUGGUGAGAGCCUUAUGACCACAGAACCUUCUUCAGUAACAAAAGAAUAUGGAAAGGAGCCUUCACCCUCCCAUCUUCUGGAGCUUCUGAGGGAAGAACUGAUCAACAGAUCCGCUAAUAUCACAGCCAAGAAUAUAAAACCAGAGAAUAGAAAUCGGGAACCGCACUCGUUUCGCAACGUGAAGGAGCUCAUCGCAUCAGGAAUCCGGUUGAAGCCAACUGGAGAACGUUCUUUGACAAUUUCUUUCGAACGAUCUUGCUUUGCAGGAACCUUAAAACUUCCUUCCCUGCUAGUAGACGAUUCAACAGCACCGAAGCUAAAGAACUUGAUAGCAUUGGAAAUGUGUCCAGAUUUUCUUAAAGAUUUUGAGGUCACCUCCUACAUAUGCUUUUUAGACUCGCUCAUCGAUCAUCCUGAAGAUGUCCAGGAGCUUAGAAAGGCGAAAAUUCUCACAAAUGUUCUUGGCAGUGAUAAAGAAGUCGCUAAACUCUUCAACAAGAUAGGCACAGACUUGGUUCCGAACCCUGAUUUAUAUGCCAACGUGAAAGCUGAUAUCGAAAAACACUAUAAGAGCCGAUGGAAAACCUAUACAGCUGAGGCCUAUCACACCUAUUUCAGUAGUCCCUGGACUUUCCUUGCUUUACUUGGUGCGUUGCUUGCACUUCUUUUCAGUGCUGUUCAAGCUUAUUUCUCGCUCCCUUCUGAAAAAUGUUAGCGAAAGGUGCUUCUAUGGAUCCUGGGAGUCAUGUCUCAUUAUUGCCUAAAUAACGACAUUUUCCGUCUUUUGUAUCUUUGGCUCGGAAGAAUGUUAAUUUGUCAAGAUUUUUUUUUAAUUAUUAUUAUUCAUUAUAUUGUUUGAUGUUUUAUAAUUGUGUAUUUUAAAUUACUUUGAUUUGAUUUUAAGUCUA